GCCACCGCCGCCCGCUCGGCGUCCACCCGCCGCCUCGACUCCGCAUGGCCUUUUCUAAAGGGGGGAAGGAAAACGAACCAAAGAGUUGAGCAGGCAGUUCCCCUCUACGGCACUCCUCUGCACCCCUUCUCUGUUCUUGCCUUCUCUCGGCGGCGUUGGCAGUUCGCGGGUUGCGAACUUGCGAUGGGGAGCCAGCAGAACGCGCUUCACCAGAUGUUGUCCUUCAUCCUCGGGGCUUCCGCCGCCGCCGUCCUGCUCUUCUUCCUGACGUCGGCGAGUAGCGGCGCUCGUUUCACGGGGAUGUCGAGCUGGGCCAAUGGAACCACGGCGCUUGAUGCCGCUCCCGCCCAGGAGGCAAGCCCGGCAGGAGAACCUGCUGCUCCUGCUCACGCCGAAGCAAAGGGAGCGCCGGCGCCGGAGCAGGACGAGCUGGAGCAGCUGCUGCGCGCGGUGGCGGACGAAGACCGGACGGUAAUCAUGACGUCGGUGAACGAGGUGCGUGGGCGGCGGAGGACUCGCUGUUGGACCUGUUCCUGGAGAGCUUCCGCACGGGCGUGCGGAUCUCGCACUUUGCGAACCACCUCUUCGUGGUGGCGCUCGACGGCGGCGCGCAGGACCGGCCAUUGAUGGCGCCGUGGAGCGGCUUGUGGGGCGGCAAGGCCGGCGGCGACGCCUACCGGGGCACGCCGGUGGUGGUCAAGAUGGAGAACCCCAACUGGUCCAUCUCCGAGAUCUCCUCGCCAGAGGAUGACGACGAGGACAUCUUGGCCGCCGCCAGGGGGGCCGCUCCAAGAACGCCAAGCAGAUCAGGUGGGUGCUGCUGCUCAAGGCGCACCGCGCCGCCGGCUGCCUCGCCUCGCUCGCCUCCGCCGCCGUCGCGCUGGGCGGCGCCGCCAGGCGAAGGGUCGCCGUGGGGAGGAACGACGCAGAGGCCGGCUAGGGCGGCCGGCGGCGUGGCAUCGGCGGGGGCGGGGCGGGGGCGGCGUGGCAGGGGCCGCUCGCCGCUAGAAUCGAGCACCGCCCGGUCAAAAUGAAAAAAAAAAAUAACGGUGGGGCUGCAGUUGGCAACCAAUUACGGGUUGGUGGAGAAAUUUGAAAAGCCUAUUAAAAUAGUAACUAAUUUGCUCUCUCUGCUGGAG